CUGGGCCAGAAGAAGAUGAUCGGAGAAAAUGAGACCAUCAUUAAAGAAAUAGUUAUUUUGGGAUUUCCACAGCUUCACGACUUUAAGUUACCCUUCUUCUUAAUGUUCCUCAUAUUAUAUGUUUUGACAAUGACUGGAAAUAUCAUGAUAGUUACAUUGGUGACUUUUAGUCCCAACCUAAACCACCCGAUGUUCUUCUUCCUUGGACAGCUUUCGAUGACAGAUAUAGUAAUCACAAGUAUUGUUCCUAAUAUGCUAAGCGUUCUACUAAAAGGUCAAGUCACCAUAACACUUUCUGCUUGUGAAGCUCAGCUUCAAUUCUUUGGCUUUUCAGCAUGUACGGAAUGUCUUCUUCUAGCGGUGAUGUCCUACGACAGGUAUCUGGCAAUCUGCAGGCCGUUGCACUACACCUCUAUAAUGAGUGUCAAACUUCAGCUUCAACUUGCUGGCUUCUGUUGGUUUUGGGGUUUCGCUGUUUCUUUCAUAACCGUAAUAUUAGCCACUCAAUUAGAUUUCUGUGGGCCAAACAUCAUUGAUCAUUUUUUCUGUGACAUGCUCCCUGUUCUACGGCUUUCAUGCUCAGACAUCUCUAUGAUACAAUUUGAAAUUACUUUGCUUGGCACACCAAUAACAGUGUUUCCUCUUCUUCUUAUUUUUAUAACCUACGUCUGCAUUUGUAUUGCCAUCCUCAAUAUUCCAUCCACCUCCGGGAGACAAAAAACCAUUUCCACUUGCAGCUCCCACUUGACUGUUGUUAUUAUAUUUUAUGGGACACUGGUCACUCUAUAUGUGGUUCCUUCCCAUGGACAGUUAUUAAAUGCAAAUAAGGUUAUUUCGCUAGUUUAUACUGUGGUGACACCAUUGUGCAAUCCUAUUAUAUAUAGUAUCAGAAACAAAGAGAUAAGGAUCGCCUUUAACAAAUAUGUAUAUUUCACAAAUAAGUCAAAAAAGAUAAACACUCAAGAUUCCUUAAUGACUAGAGGAUAA